AUGGCUUCCGAGGGCGAAGAAACUGUUGUCGUGAACAGCAAUAAGCGUUUUCGGAAGGAGAAACCAUGGGACACAGAUGACAUAGACCAUUGGAAAGUAGAUGCUUUCACCGCGGCCGACAACAAGGGUGGCACCUUCGCUGAGGAAUCGUCCUUCGCCACCCUCUUUCCGAAGUACCGAGAAAAGUAUCUGAGAGAAGCUUGGAGUGCUGUGACGAGAGCGUUGGAUCCACAUGGUAUCGCCUGUACUCUUGACCUCAUCCACGGUUCAAUGUCAGUACGAACGACAAGAAAAGCCUUCGACCCAUACAUGAUCCUCAAGGCGCGCGAUCUCAUCAAACUUCUCGCUCGUGGUGUGGCCGUGACUCAGGCCGUGAAGAUUCUGGACGACAACGUUGCAUGCGACAUCAUCAAGAUUGGAAACCUUGUGAGAAACAAAGAGAGAUUUGUGAAGAGGAGACAAAGAAUUAUUGGGCCGGAUGGGAGUACGUUGAAGGCCAUUGAAUUGUUGACCCAGUGUUACGUUUUGGUACAAGGAAGCACUGUUAGCGUCAUGGGUCCUUACAAGUCUCUCAAGGAGGUUCGGCGGAUAGUCCUGGAUUGUAUGAAAAACAUACAUCCAAUCUAUCGUAUCAAAGAACUCAUGAUAAAACGCGAACUCGCAAAAGACCCUAAACUUGCCACUGAGUCCUGGGACCGUUUCCUUCCACAGUUCCGACGCAAGCAUCUGUCCACUUCAGAAAAGACUGCACGAAAGAACGAGCGGAUGGAGACGAAGAACGAUGCACGCCAGGCCGCUGGAUUGGAGCCAGACAAGGCACCAAGCGCGAUGGCUAAGAAGGAGAAGAAAGUGUACACGCCGUUCCCACCAGCGCAACAACCGCGGAAGGUCGAUUUGCAAUUGGAGUCCGGAGAGUACUUCCUCAAGCCCCAUGAGAAGAAGCGGAGAGAAGAAAAGGAACGAAAGCAAAAGCAAGAGGAAACGACGGAAAAGCGUCGCGCCGAACGUGCAGAGCCUUUCAUUGCUCCAGUGGAAACUGCAGAACCCACAGUGGAGGAGAAGCGCAAGCACAAACGGAGAGCAGCAGCGACCGAGGAGGAUGCGAUGCUUGUAGAUGGCAACGGGGUGGAGAGCGCGGAUGUCUCGAAACGAGAAAAGAAGGAGAAGAAAAAACGGAAGAGGUCAAAUGCAGGCGAAGACAUGGAGGUAGAUGGAUGA